UUCUGUCAUCCUGAAGUCCAGAACAUUCUGUGGCGAAGGCCAGCGGGGUCCCCUGGCCCAUCCCAUGGCUUCACCCCAGCAGUACUUAAGGCCCCAGGACGUCCCAGCAGCCACUCCUCAGCUGCGUCUUCGCUCUGCUCAUCGCCCAGGAAACCUGCUGUCUCUGUAUCUCCCCCUCAUCCUGCCCUGGGACGCUGCCAUGGCUGCCUGGCGGACUGUGUUAGUGUGUGUGCUGCUCGCAGUGAGCCUGCAGGGGGCGCACUGCCAGGAUGUGCGGGUGAAACUCUGUGGGCGCGAGUUCAUCCGCAUGGUGGUCACUUCCUGUGGGAGCUCUCGCCUAAGGCGCUCCGCUGCAGAGAUUGGCCAUCCCCAUGGCAACCAGUCCUACCCUGAUGCCAACGGCCAGGUCCCUCUUCAGGGGGAUCACCCACCCAUUGAUGAUCCCACCGGCCCGAGGGCAAAGGUCACAGGAGGUCCUCCCGCCAUUGAGUUGUGGCGAAGCCGCCGCAGUGCAGGCCCUGCUGGGGUGUGCUGCAGAUCAGGCUGUACAUUGAGCGAGCUGGUGCAGUACUGCUGAACCUGGGACAAAACGUCCCUCUCUGUACACCCUUGCCCACUCAUGCCCCACGGGCCUCUGAUUUCCCCCUGUCCCGAUUUCUCCCUGCCCCCGCCAUAUCCCCAUACCCCCAAACCCCCACUCGUAUGCAGCAAUGGGUUUAUUUUUCAUUUUUGUUUGUUUUUAUAUUUAUUAUCUGUUUGUCAUCCUGUGCCUGCUGAAUUCAUGAUAAUGUGACUGUUGAAAAAGCUAAAAA